AUGGGUCGUCGCGUUGGACGCACUGCCGACCCAAAUCUAAUUGAGCACGGACGCCGGGCGGACGGCGGACCCAAACGAACAACAAAUCAGAAGAGGAGAUUCAGCUCCUGCCAUCUGACAAUUCGCCGAGUUUAUCAAAAAAAAAAUCUGACAAUUCGCCGCCCUCUGCAUCUGCUACGACACGGGGUUGUCUGCUGCCAGAUUCGCCGCCGGAACGCCCACCCCGCCAAUGCCGGUCAACUCGUUGGCCUCCGGCCCUUCCUCGUCGAUUCUUCAUGCCAGAAGGCGCCCGACCACGCGCGGACGGCGGCUACGUUAUCGGAGCGUCCUCCCGGGCGGCACAGCGUGGAUGUAGAUGGUUUCUUCCCCAACUCCGGCCGGCGACCACGGCAUUUGAAUCUUCUCACCCGGUGUAUUCACCUCAUCUGGCCACACCCACACUGCCUGGAAGGAGACGUCAGGGUUGUCAUUGACUGGGAUGGGCAGGAGGCGGCAGGAGAGGCAGUAAGCACCUCGACAAUGACAGCCGUGACCCAGCUUAUUUGGUUAUCCUUCAUAUGUUUCCUAGGUUGAUUUGUGGGAAUUGACAUGCAUUUUAACAUUUUACUGAUUUAUGUAAUAAAUACGUGACCAUAUGCCUAUUUUAGUACUACCAGACACUGAGUUACAGUUUAA